AUGACCAACAUGAGCUGGAGCUUCCUCACCCGCCUGCUAGAAGAGAUUCACAAUCACUCCACCUUCGUGGGGAAGGUCUGGCUCACCGUGCUCAUCGUCUUCCGCAUCGUCCUGACGGCGGUGGGGGGCGAGUCCAUCUACUCUGAUGAGCAGAGCAAGUUCACCUGCAACACCAAGCAGCCGGGCUGCGACAACGUCUGCUACGACGCCUUCGCGCCGCUGUCGCACGUCAGGUUCUGGGUCUUCCAGAUCAUCAUGAUCUCCACGCCCUCGGUGAUGUACCUGGGCUACGCCAUCCACAGGAUCGCCCGCUCGGCCGAGGAGGAGAAGAAGUUCAAGGGCUUCAAGAAGAAGCAGUUUGCCCUGAACUGGCAGGCCGUGCGUAACAUGGAGGACGCCAUGGAGGCCGACGAGGAGGAGCCCAUGAUCUCUGACGAUGCGGCCGAGCACGAAAAAGCCAAGGCCAAGCCCAAGUGCAAGGAGCAGCAGAAGCACGACGGGAGGAGGCGCAUCCAGCAGGAGGGACUGAUGAAAAUCUACGUCUUCCAGCUCCUCACCCGGGCUUCCUUCGAGGUUUGCUUUUUGAUAGGGCAGUAUUUGCUCUACGGUUUCGAGGUGGAAGCGUAUUACGUCUGCAACAGGGUCCCUUGUCCCCACACCGUGGACUGCUUUGUGUCCCGGCCCACGGAGAAGACCAUCUUCCUCCUGGUGAUGUAUGUGGUGAGCUGCCUGUGCCUGCUGCUGAACAUGUGCGAGAUGUUCCACCUGGGAUUCGGGACCAUCCGCGACGCCAUCCGCAACCGGAAAAUCAACAGCUUCCGGCAGCCCCCCUACAACUACGCCUACCCCAAGAACAUCUCCUGCCCUCCCGAGUACAACCUGGUCGUCAAAUCCGAGAAGUCCACCAAGAUCCCCAACAGCCUGAUGGCCCACGAGCAGAACUUGGCCAACGUGGCUCAGGAGCAGCAGUGCACCAGCCCGGACGAGAACCUGCCGGCGGAUCUGUCCACGCUGCACAAGCACCUGCGGGUGGCCCAGGAGCAGCUGGACAUCGCCUUCCAGAGCUACAGCAGCACCCAGGCCAACACUCAGCCCUCAAGGACCAGCAGCCCCGCCUCGGGGGGCACCGUGGUGGAGCAGAACAGGGCCAACACCGCCCAGGAGAAACAAGGUGCUAAACCCAAGGCCUCGCUGGAGAAAGGCAGCUCCAGCAGUAAAGAUGGGAAGACGUCUGUGUGGAUAUAA